AUGCCAGCUCGGACAAGGCCCAUCGACAAGCUUGCCGCAGCGGCUGCAAAAUGCUCGAAAGAGAGCUCCGUGUACGGAAAAUGCAUAUUCGCCGACUACAACAACGUGCAUAAGGACAAAUGCGUCACGGAGUUUAUGAAGCUGAAGGAGUGUUACAUUAAAGCAUAUAAGCAAAGAUAA